CGGGACGUUUUUAGCUGCGUGCACCUCGUCCCACUUCCGGGUUCCACGCGUGUGCAGGCAUGGCGAGCGGCACUGUGGAGAAAUGUUUACAGGAUUUUAACAGCAGCACGGCGCAGCCAGAUGUGUUCUUAAAUGUGCAGGAUGACCUGGCAGCGAACUUCACGUCCCUCACAAAGUCCCUGUAUGACUUCCACAAAUCAUAUGAACUGAAAGAAUGGAAGGGGAGUCUGCUGGAGCAGCUGGUGGUGGAGAACUUCGACGAGGAACAGAUCUGGCAGGAGCUGGAGCUGCAGAACGAGGCGGCACUCGCUCACUUUGAGAAGGAGGUGAGCGACGCGGUCGCGGACCACACGCUGACGCUUUUAGAAGAAUCAGAACAGGAGGAAGAUGAGGAUAGUGAAGGAGAUCAGGAGGAGGUGAAUGAAGAGGAGGAGGAGGAGAAUCAUGAAGGCGACCAAAGAAAAAACGGACUAUCUGAUGAGGAGGAGGAGGAUGAAGAUGAGCUUGAUGAUGAGGACUCAGAUAUCGAUUUUGAUGUUGAUAAAUUAGAAAAACAAUCCAAGCUAAAAAAGAAAGUGGAGACCACCAGACCCAAACUGAGGCCCGUCUCAGAAGUGGACGAUCAGUUUUUUAAACUCUCAGACAUGGAGGCUUUUCUGGAUGAUAUGGACAAGAGAGAAGGGAAGAAACCUGUCGAGGAGGAAAUCGAUUAUUUUCAGGACCUGCCCUCAGACGAGGACGAGACACUGGGGUUUGAUAAACCUGCUGCACCAAAGAGGAAGAUGAAAAGUUCCAGAAAUGUAAAAUACAAAGAUUAUUUUAUGGAUGAAGAUCCUGUGCGACACGAGGAAGACGACGAGGAGGAAGAAGAAGAAGAAGAAGAUCAGGAGGAUGUGAGACAUGAGGAAGAAGAAGAAGAAGAGGAAGAAGAAGAUCAGGAGGAUGAUGAGGAUGAAGAUUCUCAGGAAGGAGACGCCGAGAACACAGACGCCAGACAUGCCAAAAACGCCUCGCGUAAGGUGACCUUUGACCUCCCGAGUGAGAGUGAAGGAGAGGACGUGGAGGAGAUUCUGGGUGGGAAGAAUAAAAACGUAACCACGCCGAAAGGUUCCAAGUCGACGUUUGAGAAAAGGCAGGAAAAGAUGAUGGAGAAGAUCAGUGAGCUGGAGAAAGCGGCGCUGGUGGAGAAGCCGUGGCAGCUGACUGGAGAAGUGACGGCGCAGAGCCGCCCGGAGAACAGCAUGCUGGAGGAGGAUGUGGAUUACGAUCAAUCAUCCAGAGCGGCUCCGGCGGUGACGGAGGAAACGACGCUGAGGCUUGAGGAAAUCAUCAUACAGAGAAUUAAAGACCAGGCCUGGGACGAUGUGGUGAGGAAGGAGAAGCCGAAGGAGGAGGCGUUCGAGUAUAAGAAAAGGUUGACUCUGGACCAUGAGAAGAGCAAACUCAGUCUGGCUGAAGUGUACGAGCAGGAGUACAUCAAGCAGAACCAGGAAAAGACGGAGGAGGAAAAUCCGGCUCAUGUAGAAAUCCAGAACUUUAUGGACUCUCUCUUUCUUAAACUGGACGCCCUUUCAAACUUCCACUUCACUCCGAAACCUCAUAUUCCUGAGGUGAAGAUCAUCUCCAACCUGCCCUCCAUCACCAUGGAGGAAGUGGCUCCAGUCAGCGUCAGCGACGCCACGCUUCUGGCUCCUGAGGAGGUCAAGGAGAAGAACAAAGCCGGACACGUCCUCGGAGACUCAGAGAAAACGAGCACCGAUAAGAAACGGGAGCGACGCAAGAAGAAGAAGCUGAAGCGGUUGAAGAUCCAGGAGCGUGAGAAGAACAAGAAGCUUAAAGAAGCUGCGAGCGAAGGAAAGAGCAAGAAAACGUCGAAGGCUCACGUGGAAGAGACGCUCAGGAAGCUCACUAAAGGAGGGAAAGCUAAAGUUCUCACGGACGAUGGGAUGGACAAAGCGCUGCGCUCGUCUCAAGCCUUCUUCUCCCAACUUCAGGACCAAGUCCGGAGUCAGAUCAAGGGCUCGAAGGAUCAGGCUGCCAAAAAGAAGAAACAGAAAGAGAUUUCUGCCAACAAGCUGAAGUUAUAGAGGUCUAAUCACGUGUGUGUGUGUCGUGUACAGUGUUGGAAAGUUGAACUGAGUUCGGAUCUCAUCGCGAUCCGGUGUUUAUAUUAAAAUGGUUUUGUGAUAUUUCAGGAAAAA